AUUGUUCUAUCUUUACAUUUCCGAUUGCAGUAUAUGGAAAUUUAUCAAGCAUAAGACAGUAUGAUGAUGAGACACUUCUAAUUACGACUCAGAAUUUUACAGCUGAUGAUUUUAAUCGCGAAAAUAAUAACGUUUAUCUAUACCUCUUUUUUACAAAUGGGAGUAUCAUUCCGGUUCAGUAUGAAAGUAUACCAAAUUGUAAUGGCAGUAACUUCCUAGAAAGUUUUCCAUUAUCAACGAAUAACAUUUUCAUGACUUAUCAAAUUAAUGACACUUAUCAUGGAGUUGUCAUUGAUUGGCAUG